CUCCAGGCCGGGUUCCUUAAGAGCCACCACCAUUAUGAGAUCACCUUCACCCUCCCAGACACGCCCACUCUGGGGAAGGAGCUGGCCUGUCUUCCUUCCUUCUCUCCAACUCGGAGGCCCCAGAACCUGCGGGUCCAGCGGGUUAACUCCAUACUGGAGGGAGGAGUAAAGGUGAACUGUGAGUACAAGACUCACCAGGAGGGGAUUGUUCAGGAGGAGAUGACUGUGGUGGCCAAAGGACGGAGAGACAGCAGCCUGAAGGUCAGACUCCAGGCUAAAGUCAUUGACCCUCACCAUGGCACCCCCAUGCUGCUGGAGGGGGUGCGGAGCCUGGGGGCUCUGAGGGACCCGCACUCCAGGCGAAGCAGCGAACGCAAGAAGAAAUGAUGAAAAGAGACUCAUAGCUGAUACCUGCAUUUAUAUUUAUCAACCUUUAAUCGUCCAGUUCCAGGGAGGGGGCUGACAGUGGGCUGCAGAAACACCAACAUGUCUGUUUACAAACCUCUGAUUCUUCAUGGACGUAUGGAUUGUGAUUUUAAUCUACUGUUGUUUUAAUCUACAUUGAAACCAUGGGAACGAUGCAGUAUGUUGAAGAGAAGCCAUCAUAUCGAUUACUAAC